AUGUCCGAACCAGCUGAACCUAGGUCAUUAAAACGGAAAAUACCAAGAACUACUAAACCUAGGCCAUUUAAACGGAAAAUACUAACUACUAAACCUAGGCCAUUAAAACGGAAAAUACCACCUUAUUUACAGAAACAAGUAGAAGAUAUACAGAAAAAAUUACCACGAAAUACAGGCCCUCCAGAAUUGAUUUGCGUUGGGCCUCCAGUUGUAGAAUUGUUAUACAUUGGUCCUCCAGAUGAUUUAGAUGACAGUAAAAAGAGAUGGUUAGUUGUGGGUAUUUGCCUUCAUACAAUCAUAUCUCCAGUACUGAGGACCUAUGUUGAGCAUGUUGUUACAAAACUUUGUUAUUCCUUGACGAGAUUGCACAAAAUUAAUCAGCAAACAUUUAGAUCUUAUUUAAGGAGAUAUUCUUCUUCCAACACGAAACUCAAUUAUGAAGCAAUUAACAAUAACAAAAGUGUGCAUGGACUGAAUAAAGUUAGAUAUGAUUACCGAGUCAAGAGUCCUGUGGAUUUAUCCCGAUUGUUCCUUCAAACAAACAUGGCACACUUCACAGCUUUUGAUGGAUCAUGUGAUUCAUCUGCUUUACUUGGUAUAAUUGUUAACAUUGACAGAUUUUUACCAGUUGUACAGUUUGAUGCUAAAAGGAUACGUUCAGAAAUACGUAAUCCCUGGGCACAUUGUGACUUUACCAAAUGGACUACUACAAAAUAUGGAGAUUCCUUCCAGUUGAUGAAACAACUUAUUACCAACCUCAGGCUGGGUAACACAGAGGAAAAAAAAAUCUUGGGAGAGCUAAACAGAUGGGAAACAAAUGUUUUCAAUCUGGCACGAGAUUACCUCAUAGGUCAGAAUUUUCUGAGUGGAACAAAACUUGAUGUAGAAAUAGUGGACGAAAUUCGCCAGCAAACACACAUUUUAAGUGAAUAUGCUCAGAGGGUUUGUGAAGAGACAGAUAGACAGUUCGUCACAGUUCAAAAAGAGUUAACAGAUUUAGAAAGUAAAUAUAAGAAGCAUGAUGUGAAAUUGAAAAACCUAGAAACUGAAUUGCAAAAACAAGAUGAAGAUAUAAUUCCAAAGCAUAUUCAGGAGCAAAUAGAAAUUCGAGUAGAAGACUGGGAAAAGAAAGAUAAGAUGUUUGUGACUACAAGAGCCAGCGAUUACGUUAUGGAAUGUUUACAGGACAACAGUUGUGUGACUCUUACUGGCCCAUCAGGAGUUGGGAAAUCAUUUAUCAGUAGACAUACAGCACUAGUAUUACAGAAAGAGGGAUACAAAAUAAUACCAGUGUUUGCUCCAACAGAUAUAAGAGAUUAUUACAAGCCUGGUAAACAGACAGUUUUCAUUGUAGAUGAUAUUUGUGGUAAUUUUACUGCUAACCAACAACAGAUUGAUAACUGGAGGCAAAUGUUACCAGUGAUUGACACAAUUGUUGCAGACAAAUGUUGUAAGAUUAUUGUAUCUUGUAGAUUACAAGUCUAUAAAGAUGAAAAGUUUAAAAUAUUAUUACCAUUUAAAUCCUGUGAAUGUAACUUAAUAUCAGAUAAGAUAUGUCUUACAUCUGAAGAAAAAAAUAUCAUAGCAAAAACCUAUAUUGGUACACACGUUGACAAUAUUGAUGAAUUAUCACAAAAGAAUGAAUUCUUUCCACUUUUAUGCUCUUUAUAUCCUGGGGUAGAAAAUGGAGAUGUUAAAGAAUUUUUCAAUAAUCCGUUUCAUUUCUAUAAAAAUGAACUAGACAAUUUAAGUAUGCGAGAUGACGAAGGCAAAUAUAAAAUAUGUAGUCUUGCUUUAUUAGUUCUUUUUAAUAAUGAAAUGAAAGAAACAUGGUUCCAGGGUAAAGUUUCAGUUGAACAACGAAAUAUCAUAGAAGACACAUGUAAUGCUUGUGAUAUCAACAGAAGUACAUCAAAGGCAAAACUGAAGAAGGAACUUGAAACUUUAGAUGGUACAUUUAUAUAUAUCAAGAACGGUAUUUAUAGAGCUCUACAUGAUAAAUUGUUUGACUUUCUUGUUCAUUACUUUGGUCAGCAGAAAAUGAUUGAAUGUUUGAUAGAUCAUGGUGACAGUGAUUUAGUACAUGAACGUUUUAUUAGUCAGAAAUCACCAGAUGACAAGAACAGUAACAUAGACUUCAUUAUUGAAAUACCAAAAUAUUUUUUUCAAUCAUAUUUAAAAAGGUUUAUAAAGGACUGGUCAGCAGGCAAGGUGACAGUCGUAUUCAAUAACAAUAACAUGAAAGUAUCAUCAUUCAGAGAACAGUUAUUACAUCACUUAAAACAACUGGACCAAUCACAUCAAGUAACAUUAGCCAACACCCAGGAUACAGUGACACCAAAGGAGCACUAUGGUACCACUCCACUGACAGAGACUUGUCAUAAAGGUUAUACUGAUAUGGUUCAGUGGUUGUUACAUAAAAAUGCAGAUGUGAAUCUAUGUGACACCGAUGGUUAUAGUCCUCUGUACUGGGCAAGUUAUGAAGGAAGUACUGAUGUUGUAAAGUUACUGUUAGAGAAGAAUCCUAAUGUUGAUAUAUGUGACAAGGAGUGUUAUAGUACUCUCUCCUGGGCAAGUCUGGAAGGACAUACCGAUGUAGUGAAGUUACUGUUAGAGAAGAAUCCUAAUGUUGAUUUUUGUAACAUGCAUGGAGAGAGUCCUCUGUACUUGGCAACUUAUAAGGGACAUACCGAUGUAGUGAAGUUACUGUUAGAGAAGAAUCCUAAUGUUGAUCUAUGUGAAAAGGAUGGACGGAGUCCUCUGUACUGGGCAAGUCUGAGAGGAAAUACUGAUAUUGUAAAGUUACUGUUAGAGAAGAAUCCUAAUAUUGAUCUUUGUAACAAGGAUGGAAAUAGUCCUCUGUCCUGUGCAAGUCUGGGAGGAAAUACUGAUAUUGUAAAGUUACUGUUAGAGAAGAAUCCUGAGGUUGAUCUUUGUGACAAGGAUAGACGGAGUCCUCUGUUCUGGGCAAGUUAUAAUGGACAUACCGAUGUAGUAAAGUUACUGUUAGAGAAGAAUCCUAAUGUUGAUCUAUGUGACAAGGAUGGAUUUAGUCCUCUGUCCUGGGCAAGUAUAAUGGGAAAUACUGAUAUUGUAAUGUUACUGUUAGGGAAGAAUCCUAAUGUUGAUUUUUGUAACAAGGAUGGAAAGAGUCCUCUGUACUGGGCAACUUAUAAAGGACAUACCGAUGUAGUGAAGUUACUGUUAGAAAAGAAUCCUGAUGUUAAUCUAUGUGACAAGAAUUGUUGUAGUCCUCUGUACUGGGCGAGUCUGAGAGGAAAUACUGAUAUUGUAAAGUUACUGUUAGAGAAGAAUCCUAAUGUUGAUCUUUGUAACAAGGAUGGAGAUAGUCAUCUGUCCGGUGCAAGUCUGGGAGGAAAUACUGAUAUUGUAAAGUUACUGUUAGAGAAGAAUCCUGAGGUUGAUCUAUGUGACAAGGAUAGACGGAGUCCUCUGUUCUGGGCAAGUUAUAAUGGACAUACCGAUGUAGUAAAGUUACUGUUAGAGAAGAAUCCUAAUGUUGAUCUAUGUGACAAGGAUGGAUUUAGUCCUCUGUCCUGGGCAAGUCUAAUGGGAAAUACUGAUAUUGUAAUGUUACUGUUAGGGAAGAAUCCUAAUGUUGAUUUUUGUAACAAGGAUGGAAAGAGUCCUCUGUACUGGGCAACUUAUAAAGGACAUACCGAUGUAGUGAAGUUACUGUUAGAGAAGAAUCCUAAUGUCGAUCUAUGUGAAAAAGAUGGUUGUAGUCCUCUGUACGUGGCAAGUUCUGAAGGACAUACCGAUGUAGUGAAGUUACUGUUAGAGAAGAAUCCUAAUGUUGAUCUAUGUGACAAUAAUGGUUGUAGUCCUCUGUACGUGGCAAGUGGUGAAGAUAAUACUGAUAUUGUAAAGUUACUGUUAGAGAAGAAUCCUAAUGUUGAUCUAUGUGACAAGGAUGGACAGAGUCCUCUGUCCUGGGCAAGUUAUAAUGGACAUACCGAUGUAGUAAAGUUACUGUUAGAGAAGAAUCCUGAUGUUAAUCUAUGUGACAAGAAUUGUUGUAGUCCUCUGUACUGGGCAAGUUAUAAAGGACAUACCGAUGUAGUGAAGUUACUGUUAGAGAAGAAUCCUAAUGUUGAUCUAUGUAACAAUGACGGUGUUAGUCCUCUGCACUGGCCAAGUAAUAAAGGACAUACAGGUGCAGUGAAGUUACUGUUAGAGAAGAAUCAUAAUGUUGAUCAAUGAGACAAGAAUGGUUGUAGUCCUCUGUUGAUGGCAAGUUUGAAAGGACAUACUGAAAUAGUAAAGUUACUGUUAGAGAAGAAUCCAAAUGUUGAUCUAUGUGACAAUGAUGGUUGUAGUCCUCUGUCCGUGGCAAGAAUCCUCAGGUAUAUAAGCUUUGGAUUUCAAAUAUUUUGGCCACGAGCAUUACUGAAGAGACAUGUAUUGUCGAAAUGCGCAUCUGGUGCAAGAAAAUUGGUACCGUUAAUUUUAUUGAUCUAUGUGAUAAGGAUGGCACACAACUGAUCAGGUCAUCUCUCCAUUACCACCCCAGAAUACAAAAUAUAUUAAGGAAACAUAACCCAGACAUUAAUGUCCAAACAUAUGAUGGAGGUUGCAAAGAAUGAAAACAUAAAGUAAAAAAGUAACUGUUAGAGAACAAUGCUGACUGUUAUAAAUAUAUGCACAUAAUAAAAAAAGGCCGUAGCAAAUAAAUAUGAUAACCAUCAAAGAUCAACACUAUAUAAAAAAGACGGGCAUUGGUUUAUUUUCUCAUAGAAAAGGCUUCGUCAAAUGUAAAAGGUUUCAUCUGUAUGAAGUCACUGGAUUAUGCCUUUGGGGUAGUAGCUGGUUCUUCCCAAUUACACAUAGCCUGUUUUAUUGGUAAGAUAAAUACUGUCAGUUUUCUUUUGGACCACAAUACUAACAUCAAUAUAGCAACAGCCCAAUGUUUAUUGCAUGUGAAGUAGGGCAUGAGGAUAUUAGACAUAUAUUGUAAAACAAAGGAGCAGAUACACAGAUAUAUAGACCUGCAACAUAAAAUGGACAUACAUUUAUAGUAAUGAAUGUAACAAACAAAUCUUCUUAACUCGUGUUAAUAGUCAGAUUUUUUAUAUG